GUAUAGCAUCCAAACUGAACUUCUUUCAGGGAGACCGGAGCAGAGAUGGCUGAGUCUUUGGUUUCCGGUGUGGUGUCUCAGCUUACCAACCUUCUCAUCGAUGAAGCUGUUUCCCUGGCUGGUGUGCGUGAUCAGAUCGAAUGGGUGAAAACACAGCUUCAGCUAUUGCAAGGCUUCCUCAAAGAUGCAGACUCCAGAAGAAAGAAAGGGGAUGUGAGAAUGCAUAGCUGGAUAAGUGCGAUGAGAGGUGUAGCCUAUGAAAUGGAAGACGUCAUAGACACCAUCAAGUACAUGGGCGAAAGGCGACACCAAGGGAGAGGCUGCUUGGGCUCCAUUUCAAGGUACUCUCGCAAACCUUGUGACUUGAUAACCCUCCAUAAAAUUAGUACCAGAAUUGAGCAAAUAAAGAUCCAGAUCCAUAGUAUUUCCCAGAGCACAGUUAGCUAUUCCCUUGCUAAUCCAGGUCAAAGCAGUGCAGUGGAUGAAAGUUGGCAAUCACUCAGACAAUCCUAUCCUCACUCUGAUGAUGGUGACGUUCAUGUUGUAGGGUUGGAGAAUGAUAAGAAACAAUUAGUGAGUCAAUUGCUUGAUCCGAAUGAGAAAACACGAUGUGCAAUUUCUAUAGUGGGUAUGGGUGGGGUAGGCAAGACCACCCUGGCAAGAAAAGUGUAUAAUGAUCCUGCAAUUAAGGAACAUUUUGAUACAUUUGCUUGGGUUUCAGUUUCUCAGAAUUAUCUUCCUAUUAAGUUAUUAAAAGAUAUCAAGAAAAAGGUAAUUACACCGGAACUUCUCCAAAAAGAAAAAGGAAUUACACCAGAACUAUUAGAGCGGAUGGAUGAAGAAGAAGUGAGAGAGCGGCUCCGUUAUUUCCUAAGAGACAAAAAGUACUUGAUCGUGAUGGAUGAUGUAUGGACCGUGGAUGUUUGGAGUCAAUUUCAUCAAGUCUUUCCUAAUGGAAACAACGGUAGUAGAAUACUGCUUACGACCCGUAACAUUGAAGUUGCAAGACAUGCCGAGCCAUGGAUUCCUCCACAUGAAUUGCACCUUUUGAAUGACACACAGAAUUUGCAACUCUUCUGCAGGAAGGCGUUUCCACCAAAUCAAGAUAUCCCAGCUGAGUUGAAGGAAUUGGCCCACAAGCUUGCAAAGAGGUGUGGCGGACUUCCUCUCGCACUGGUGGUGUUAGGGGGGCUUCUGUCGAGGAAAGAACGUAGCUAUAAUACAUGGUCGAAGGUAGCUCAGAGCACUAACUGGCAAUCACGUGGAGAAGGGCAGGAAUGCCUCAAUAUAUUGGGUUUAAGCUACAAUGACUUGCCAUAUCAAUUAAAACCAUGUUUCUUGUGCAUCACUGCAUCUCCAGAGGACUCUAUGAUCUCUGCUUCCAAAUUAGUUAGGUUGUGGAUCGCCGAACGUUUCAUACCACAAGAGCAGGGACAGACAAUGGAAGACACCGCAAGGGAUUGGUUGGAUGAGUUGGUGCAGAGGUGCAUGAUCCAGGUUGUUCGGAGAACUCAGCUUCGUGGGCGGAUUAAAAGCAUACGCAUCCAUGAUAUGUUACGUGACUUUGGCCGAUCAGAAGCUAGAAAGGAUGGAUUUCUUCAUAUUUGCGGCGGUGACAUGGCAGUAUCUGAUGGUGUAUCGAGUCAUCGUGCAGCUUUCAACAAUCGUAUAAACUGCGAGGUUGCUAUUUUGUCACAUCUCCGUACUUUACUGGGCUUCAAUUUAGUUUCCACUAAUGCUGGAAGAUUUUUGGAUGGAUUAAACUUAUUAAGAGUGCUGGAUUUAGAGGGUGCGAGAAAUUUGGAGUUACCGAAACAGAUCGGCAACAUGAUUCAUCUACGAUACCUAGGAUUGAGAGGAACUGGUUUGAAAAGACUACCAUCCUCCGUUGGACACCUCUUGAAUCUACAGACUCUGGAUGUGAGAGGAACGGAGAUUUAUUGUCUUCCGAUAUCAUUUUGGAAAAUCCAGACACUAAGGCACCUAUAUAUUAAUUUUUGUUUAUUUCAAAGCGCACCGGUAAGUGGGGAUCAUAAGAACCUGCAGGUUCUCAGUAUCACAUUCGGUGAACCUGAUCUGGAUAGACCGGAUGUUAUAAGAUUCAUCAAAAAUUGGGUUACCACAUCAGGCUCUACAGAGAUGGCUAUACGCAGAGCAUAUGAAAGAAUAUUUAGUGAGUCAUUCGGAAAAUCACUCGAGAAAAUGGACAGCCUGCUCUCCUUGAGUAUGUAUGAGGCAGAAUUGCCAAGAGACAUCUUCUUCGCACAUGCACGACACCUGCACCAGCUUCGUUCGUUGAUUCUGGAGGGAUCGUUCAAACAGGGGCAGCUCCCAGACAGCAGUCAAUUCCCGCCGAAUCUCACCAAGCUCAUAUUAUCUUUGUCUGAGUUGGAGCAAGACCCAAUGCCGGUGCUGGAGAAGCUGCCAAACCUCAGGCUUCUUGCAUUGAAAUUCGAAGCAUAUUUAGGGGAGAGCAUGUCAUGUUCUGCUGGUGGCUUUCCUCGACUGCAACACUUGAUGUUAUACUGUCUCACAAAUUUAGAGGGAUGGAGAGUGGAGGUUGGGGCGAUGCCCUGCCUCACCCACUUAACUAUCAAAAGCUGCAAGGAAUUGAAGAUGCUUCCCGAGGGAUUGCAGCACGUGACCACCCUUCGAGAACUAAAGCUGAUGGAGAUGCCCCAUAAGUUCAAUGAAAGGGUCAGAAAUGGGGAAGGGUACAAGGUCCGACACAUCCCCUCAAUUAUUUUUGAGGGAGGAGAGAUGGAUGCCGAUGCCGAUGCCGACGACUUCAUCAACCGGUUCCGGCGGCAGCAGCAGCUUCAGUUUCUCAACUCCUUGAUGAGGUACAGGGAGAAGAUGAUCAACCAUGGAGCUGGAAAUUCAAUUUAGCAAUUGCUAGUACCAUUAAAAAAACGUACGGUAUUGCUUUCAUCCAUCUCGAAAAAUAGCUGCAGAAAACCUUAUCACGUUAUUAGUCUGCUAUAUCUGUAAUAGCUGGCGGUUAUUACUUAAUGUUAUAAGCUUUUUGACUUGCUUUGUGUUGGUA